AUGUGGCCGGCGGCUACUGCACCAGCCUGGGGACGUCAGCACAAUACUGUCAAGACUUUCCUGGUUCCCGCCAGACCUCCACCACGGCUCAGCCUCACAUUACAGUACACGUCACCGCUUACACUGCUGCUGCUAACUUGCCGCAACGACCCGAAUACAGGCAACAAGUUGUUUGGAUGGAGAGUGAGAAUCAGAGCACAGCAUGGGAUACACAUUCAAAAAAGCAUGGCUGUGGUGGCAUGGGCAAGGAGGUGGAUGGAGUGGGCAUCAGCUGUGGUACGGCCUGCUGCUCACCUGGGUCCUUAUCACUACUCAUGUCAUCAUCUUCACACGAGAACACGUGCAACAUUCAGCAUUAAACCAAGCCUGCUAUGACUACAAUCACACAAGACACACCAAUAUCCUUCGCAACACCUGCUGUCGCCUCCAUAACUACAGCAAAAAGGACAUUCUCACCUGUAUUCAAACAGCAGCUGAAAAACUGACUCGUCCUAAACGGUUUGUUGGUGAAGAUACAGGCAAAAUGCAUUCCAAUAACAAACAUUCAGAUACAGACAUAAAGGAUCAUUUCCACAGCCCAAAUGAAUACUUGUUACACUUCCAUCACCAUCCUAGUGGGGAUUCUUCUCUAGUAACUCAGCCCAGGCCAUCCUUUAACAUCUCCAGUGAAUUGUUUAGCUCUCCUGGCAGGGCCAGGGGAUGGCUUUGGGCAAUUGUUGGAGACUCAAGAAUGAGACAAGUUUUUAGUGCUCUGGUAACACGGCUCACUUCUCCCGGGCUCAAAUACAGAAAACCAUCAACAGAGGGAAGAUGGCGCAGUGCUCAUGAAUUAGCAGAUAACUUACGCAUUGGUAAAUUACACGAGGACAUAGAGGUGUAUCACAUGGACGUACCUUUACGAAUCAUAUUUCACUGGGAUCCAUUACUCACACUGCUGCCAAAACUCAUACAUCAAUGGACAAAUAAUGAAAAACAGAGGCCAACCUUGCUGCUAUUAGGCACAGGUCUCCACUGGAUGAGGAGCACUCUCCACACAUACCGUGCUGCAGGACCACACGCUGCCAUGGACAAGUUUAAACAACACAUGGAUGCUCUCCUGCCUCAACUGGUUAGUUUUGCAGAGUCAACUUAUACCAUCAUGCAACUACAAGACUACAUACAGGAAUUACAUAUCUUCAAAAAGUACAAAGGGGUAUACUCCAACAGCAACAUUGACCUGUACAACAAUUUUGUUUCAUCGUAUCUUAUGGACUCGAGUGUCACCCUUUGGGACAGCAACAUUCCUUUUUCCAAGGCCUAUCAUGCCAACUGUGUAAAAAGCUACAGAAAAUCAUUUGAUAUGCUUUGGGACUGUGAUAAUCCUCUGCACACAGGAUUCGUUAUGGUAGAGAAAUAUGCUGAUAUGUUUCUUAAUGAUAUUUGCAAUUCUUUUAUUAACUUGGAUACUACUUACUGUUAA